AUGGCGCCCCACGCAGACAAGGACGUCUCUGCCACCAACGGCGCAAGCAACGGCGCCUCGGGCUACCAUGCCACCUCCACCAAGUCCGCCAUUGCUGCCGAGAACCAGUUCGCCGCGCACAACUACCACCCCCUGCCCGUCGUCUUUGCGAAGGCCCAGGGCGUCAACGUCUGGGACCCCGAGGGCAAGCACUACCUCGACUUCCUGUCGGCCUACAGCGCCGUCAACCAGGGUCACUGCCACCCAGAGCUGAUCAAGGCGCUGACUGAGCAGGCCGGCCGGCUCACCCUGAGCUCUCGCGCCUUCCACAACGACGUCUUCCCCGUCUGGGCCGAGAAGGUGCGCUCCGUCUUCGGCUAUGACAUGGUGCUGCCCAUGAACACGGGCGCCGAGGCUGUGGAGACGGCCAUCAAGAUCGCGAGGAAGUGGGCGUACAAGGUCAAGGGAGUUCCUGAGAACAAGGCCCUGGUGUUUUCCGCCACCGAGAACUUUCACGGACGGACGAUGACGGCAAUCUCGCUGUCUGUUGACCCAGAGUCACGGGACAACUACGGCCCCUUCGUGCCCAACAUUGGAGCUUUCUGUCCUACCACCGGCGACCCCAUCCGCUUCAACAAUGUGGCGGACCUGGAGGCCGUCCUCGAGCGACACGGCAAGGAGACCGCAGCCUUCAUCGUCGAGCCCAUCCAGGGUGAGGCUGGUGUCGUGGUGCCGGACGACGACUACCUCAGCAACGUUUCCGCCCUGUGCAAGAAGCACAACGUCCUCUUCAUCUGCGACGAGAUCCAGACGGGCAUCGGCCGCACCGGCAAGAUGCUCUGCCACCAGUGGGCCGACAUCAAGCCCGACCUGGUCACCCUCGGCAAGGCCAUCUCCGGCGGCAUGUACCCGGUGUCGUGUGUUCUUGGAGACAAGGACGUCAUGCUCGUGGUCGAGCCGGGUACCCACGGCUCCACUUACGGUGGAAACCCGCUGGGCUGCGCCGUCUCCGUGCGCGCUCUGGAGCUCAUCGAGGAGGAGGACAUGGUCGGCAAGGCCGAGAAGCUUGGCAACAUCUUCCGUGAGGGUGUGGCCGCCUUCAAGUCGCCGCUUGUCUCCAAGGUGCGCGGCAAGGGUCUGCUCAACGCCGUUGUCAUCGACGAGUCUGCCACCAAUGGACGAUCUGCCUGGGAUCUUUGCAUUCUCCUGAAAUCCAAGGGUGUUCUGGCCAAACCGACUCACGGUAACAUUAUCCGGUUCGCUCCUCCGCUCGUAAUUAGCGAAGCGGAGCUGCGCAAGGCCCUUGACAUAAUUGGCGAGGCCCUGAAGGAGCUCCCUAACGCACAGAAGGCCGAGCAUUGA